AUGGACGACGAAGCAGAGGCGAAAGCACAUGUCGACGACCUCAGAAGGCGGCGGCAUAUUGACGAUACCAAUGGCGUUCAAGGCGAUGCUAAUGCUCGAAGUCUUGCCAGUGCUAUGGGCAUGCUUUCGUCCCAGCUCUAUACCAAGCCGACCCAUUUCAUUCUGGAGAUGAUCCAGAACGCAGACGACAACACCUACGCCCCCGGAACAAUUCCAAAGCUGACCAUGAUCUACCGAGAGGAUGGAUACGUUUUCAUCGCAAGUAACGAAUUGGGAUUCUCGAAAGAUAAUGUCGCUGCCAUCUGCGAGAUUGGAAACAGCACCAAGAAAGUGAACGGGUCUCAGAAAGGUUAUAUUGGGGAGAAGGGCAUUGGCUUCAAGUCUGUCUUCACGGUCGCUGAUACAGUAUGGGUAUCGUCUGGAGCAUUCAAGUUCAAAUUCAAUCGCGACGGACUUCUCGGCAUGAUUGUGCCAAUCUGGAGUGACUUCAAAGCAACGAAAGCAGUCGAAGAGCAAACAAUGUUCUGUCUCCAAAUACCAGACGAGAAGAAUCAGAGAGAGGUGCGAGGAAAUCUGCUCUCUCUUGGCGCAGAACUACUUUUGUUUCUGAGAAAGCUGAGGACAAUUGAUGUGAAAAUCCUGAGCGCGGACGAAACGGACAUCAUUCACGAAUACUCUCUCCACCGCGAUGACGAGGACCAUGGCACCGGAUUCACAACAACACAUCUAGUUCGGAGAGAUCUGGCGCCAGAACCGAAGACAGACCAAGAGACGCUGGCAGUCUUUCGGAGCACCAAGUACGAUAUGCCUGCGGAACCCAAGAGAGAGGGCAUCACAGAGUCUGAAAUUGUCAUGGCCUUCCCGAUGACGAACACCACGAAGACGUAUCGCAAGACAUACAACUAUCUGCUCAUUCGUGAUUACGGGUUGCCAUUCCUACUACAGGCCGAUUUCCUCCUCACGGCCAGCCGCCAAGACAUCAUCGAAGGAGAUGCUUGGAACAACGCACUCAAGAGCCAUGCCCACGUGCUGUUUGUCAAGGGCGUAGAGACGUUCAACAAAACGGGGAUAUCUGACACUAUUGCGUCAGUCAAGUACCUCUGGCCUAAGUACGCCAUGGGCACCCACAACCCCUCUGGCACCUUUAUGGACGGCUUUCUGAAGUCACUGCAAAGCUAUUUACGCCAUCAACCGGUGUUGGAGUCCCAGCGUGGGGAUCUGAAACCACCCAAGUCCAUGGUCUAUGUUCCCGAAAGGUUCUGUGACGACGCUGGGCGCCCAUUGUUGAGCGAUCCUGAGUUCCUCGGCAACUUCGUCGCUCAAGAAUACUCAACGAACGACGUGAAUCGGCUGGGCGUCAACCUUCAGAACAUCAAGGAUUUCUGCAAGCUCCUGGAAUACAUGCCACCGGACGUAAUCCAUCAGAAGCCGGCGUCGUGGCAUUCAAGGCUUGCGAGUGCACUGGUCGAGGCCAGCGACAAGUCGCUAAAGGAGAUCGAGAUUAUACCUCUUCGAGGAGGACGAUGGGUCAAGCCCAGCACAUCGUCCGUUUACUUCCCCGAUCGCGGGCAGGUCGAAAUCCCGGAUGGCAUUGAGUGCCUCGUUGUGGACGACGAAGCAGCAGCCGAUCAGUCCAGAAAGAAGCUGUUCCUGAAGCUGGGCGUUAAGACAAUCACGAACGUGGCAGUAUGCAACUUGAUCAUCCAACGCCACAGGUCUCUCGGCACGCACGAUACGACUCUGUCACCCGAGUGUCUCGCUGCUCAUGCUUGGUACAUAUGCAUGACGGAGAACUUCUUAGGGAUCAACCUCUCGGGUCUAAGACUGGCGAAGCAGGGAGGUGGUCUAGCUCCUGCUCGCCAGUUAUACAUGGACGGACCGGACACUAGCUUCAAGAUGAGCCAGUUCUUUCCACCCACGGGCUCGGGCUGUAGCUUCAUCCACCCCGUCUAUGUCAACUAUGGCGACUCCUGCCACCGACCAAGAUGGAAUCGCUGGCUGCAAUUCAAUGCCGGCGUAUCCGCACUGCCUCGCCUGGCGGAUGCUCUCAACAGCAAGAUAAGCAUCACGCCCGACUUUCGACACUUGAUUGAUACCCAGCCAAGCUCGGUCUGGAUGGCUCUCUUGAGGGACAAUUGGAACCAUUACUUCUCCAAGGAAUCCCCAGAGUCUUUCGAUCUAGGGAGCGAAAUGGUCAACUGCAAGAACGGCCGCCGAAAGGAGCUCAGCGCAACGUACUUACCUCGCCGUGCUAUCUGUGGAGACAAGUUUGCCGCCUCGCUGGUCGAUUUCGUCGACGUUCAAGACCCCGAGCACACCGGUUGGGACAAGUUUCGGUCCUUUGGACUCAGCACCGAGCCAGACCUUGGACUUUGCCUCGACAUCCUACGAGCGGCUUCCAGAGACACAUCCUCUAUGACGCUGGGCAAAGAGUAUGUAAUCUCAUUGUUCAAGUCCAUUGAGGCUGAGUCGUUGGACGACGCAGACGAGAUCAGGUCGAUCUUCCAAGAAGAGGCUCUGAUUCCCAUCGAAGACGGGAAGUCUACCUCUUGGAUGAUACUUGACCAAUGCCGUUGGCACGCUCCAGCUUGCCUGGCACAACUGACCGCACUUGACCAGCGCUUCCCGUCUCUAAAGGACUUCUUCUGUGUGACCCUCCAGGUUCACAAUGCUUCGAUCGGCGAUAUCGUCAAGGAGCUUCGCCACCACGCUGGAAAUAUGAACGGCGUUGACAGCCUUCGGGCUUUGCUCCUCUACCUCAGCGAUUGCCUCGUUAACGAAGACCAGGCUGAUGAGCAUGUUCCGAAGCUGCUGCUGAAGCUGCAGACCCAACAGAUCUUUCCGGUCCAGCGGUCGAGCGGACAGUGUCGUCUUGCUUCGGCACAGGAUCACGAUUGGUUCAUCGCAGACCGCGGUCGCAUCGAGCAAUGCUUCCGUGGGAAAGUGUGGCUACUUGAUGCCAGUGAUUCGGACGUCAAGCGUUUGGCGCCGGUCUUCAAGACCUUGGGACUGCUUGACUUCUAUCUGUCUAAGAGAGUGAUCGAGCAAACGGAGUUUACUGAUGAGCCAAAGCCUUGCAAGAAUCUGACCCGGUAUCUACAAGGCAAGGCAAGAUUUAUCUCCUUGCUUGUCGACGAGGAGAGCCAGAAGACGAUCCAAAAGCAUAUUCAGAGGAUCCAAGUGCUCGCAAGCAACAACAUGAAGUUGCGCCGCUACGUCCAAGUCAACGGGAAGACCAUCUACGGCACCGACGAAGUCGGCAGGUUUGUCCUAACGGAAUCCCCGCCGUUGAAGCUGUACUGUGCAGAGUCAAACGUCGCCAGCAAAGACCCACCAUGGGCGUUCAUUCAACCUCGACUUGCUUACAUGAUGAACCUCCAGCCAUCGAGACAACUUGUCUUGACAAAUAUCCUGACGACUUCAAGCCACAGCAUGAUCAAAGACCUCCUCGAGCGUGCCGGUCUAUGGAAGGACGACUACAUCCCGGAGGCUCUGCCUGAUCAGGACGAAGACGACGACGAGGAGUUCUCACAGCUAGUCGCUAAGUCUGAACAAGUUGAGACGAAGCCCAAGAUCAAGAAGGAGCGUCGAGAGCCCACAGCAGCUCCGACACCAGCUGGGAAGAACUCCAAAGCAAGAUCAUCGAUCGCACCAACGUCGAAGCAUACAAAGCCCAUGACCGACAAAUCAUCAUCACCGUCUACCAGUUUUCCACGGGUAAAGUCCAGCGUACCACCGCAAGGCCAGCAACCUCAGCACCCUCCAGCCGGAUACGAACCAGCAGAGUCUCACGAAUCCCGCCUGAUCAACUCGAUCGUCGCCGCGGCCGAGACAUACGACAUCAACACCGCCACGCUGAUCGAAGCCUCACCCGGCGGCGACAGCCAGCAAAUCUCCGCCCUCGACCUCCUGCAAUCCUCCUUCGCCGUAGUCAAAUCCGAAGCCCAAGACCCCGACACCCAAUUCCACAGCGAGCUCUUCAUCUACACCCUCCUCCGCGAAAACUUCGAAGCGCUCCAAACAAGCUGGACUUCCCCCAACCGCACGCGCUACAACCUCCCGGCCUUCCACCCCAACCCUAACACCCCCAACCCCUCAACCUUCACAAUCUCCUACCCCCCCACCGUCCAACAACUCACCGCCCACCUCGCGAACCACAACAUCUCCUCCGCGAACGACUGGCUCGGCGAACCCGUCACGUACCACAUCGACGUGCAUGCCUCCUCCAGCUCCAGCGAGGAUGAUGCCAACGAGCCCUUCGCGUUCAGCAAUAAGCAGGUCGAUAUGGCGAGGGCGUGGAUGGAGAGUGGGAGGGAUGUGCAUCUUCUUGUAAGGGUGCAGGGGGUGAUGGGGACGCCAAGGGUGAGGGUUUAUGUGGAGCCGCUGAGGUUGGUUGUGAGGGGGAUGUUGGAGGUUGCGGCUGUGGGGGGGUAUCUUUUGAGGGGGGUUUAG